AGCCAGCAGAGGAACGUAGCUGUCCCAUCAGUGUGCCAACAGACAUGCUGGUUUUAGACUGAAGAGUUGCCAAAGCUCUGUAAAGGCGGCACCAGUGACUAUCUAACACCAGCAGACUGAAUGAAGCGACCAGUGGUCAUGUUUGUCCCACUCUCCCUCCUCAUCAUCGCUCUGGUGCAGCCUGUACAAUCCGAGAUCUCCAACUGUGUUAUAAAGAGGGAGCAGGAGCGAUGCAUGGAAAAGAUGGCUCUGCACUACCCAUCAGAGGACUCGGAGAUCAUUUGUCCUUGGGAGUGGGAUAACUUGACCUGUUGGGAGGCUGCCAGCGUGGGCGAGGUUGUGGUGGUCAGUUGUUCAGAGCUCUUCGACUUCAUGAGUCCAGAAGACGGUCCUGGGAAGAUCAGUAGGAACUGCACUGAGGACGGAUGGUCUGAGCCGUACCCGCAUUAUGUGGACGCCUGCCUGAGUGAUGAGAACUCAACCAAACCGGAUAUGUACUACGCAUCAGUGAAGGCUCUGUACACGGUGGGUUACAGCACGUCCCUGGUGUCCCUCAUCACAGCCAUGGUCAUCCUGUGCAGGUUCAGGAAGCUGCACUGCACCAGGAAUUUUAUCCACAUGAAUCUGUUCGUGUCGUUCAUCCUGCGAGCAGUUUCGGUGUUUAUUAAAGAUGGAGUUCUCUACGCUGAGGAGGACAGUGACCACUGCUUCGUCCACACGGUGGCGUGUAAAGCAGUGAUGGUCUUCUUCCACUACUGUGUCAUGUCUAAUUACUUCUGGCUGUUCAUCGAGGGCCUGUACCUCUUCACUUUGCUGGUGGAGACCUUUUUCCCCGAGAGGAAAUACUUCUACUGGUACACCGUCAUUGGCUGGGGAACCCCAACCAUUUGUGUGACCAUAUGGGCGGUUCUGCGACUGCAUUUUGAUGACUCGGGGUGCUGGGACAUGAAUGAUCACACCGCCCUCUGGUGGGUAAUCAAGGGACCUGUCGUUGCUUCAAUUAUGAUAAACUUCGUGCUCUUCAUCGGAAUUAUCAUCAUCCUCGUACAGAAGCUGCAGUCGCCAGAUAUCGGAGGCAACGAGUCCAGCAUUUACCUCAGCUGUGCUCAGAAAUGCUUCAGUGAGCCACAGGCUGUCCAGCAUUCGUGCAGGAUGUCCGAGCUUUCUACCAUCACCCUGAGGUUGGCUCGCUCCACUCUGCUGCUCAUCCCUCUGUUUGGGAUUCACUACACUGUGUUCGCCUUCUCACCCGAGGACGUCAGCAAGAGAGAGAGACUGGUGUUCGAACUCGGCCUCGGCUCCUUCCAGGGGUUUGUGGUCGCUGUGCUCUACUGCUUCCUAAAUGGAGAGUUUCUGCCUGAAGGUGCAGUCAGAGAUCAAGAGGAAAUGGCGCAGCUGGACAGUGAACAGGUACUUUGCUGUGGACCUGAAGCAGCAGCGUCACCCUUCGCUAGCGAGCAGCGGUGUAAACGGGGGGACGCAGCUGUCCAUCCUGAGCAAGAGCAGCUCGCAGAUCCGCAUGUCCAGCCCGCAGGCCGAGACUGCCACCCUCAACCUGCCCACCUGAGCGCCUGAUCGGCCAAGCCCAAAACUGACCCGUCUGAUAAAAUGACUCUAGCCCCCGGGACACGAUCCUUAAAGAGGCAAAAGUGGCUCCCUAAUUAAACGGUCGUGAGAUUCUAACAUUUCAAUGUUUUGUGGAAAAUCACA